GUCAUAAUCCAUUCGUUGCCGUCGUUGCCGCGGCACUUUUUUUUCGUGAGACAGAUUUUACUUUCUUGCUUACUUUAUAACCAGAAUUAUUUUGUUGUGGUGAUUAUGUCUACCCGAAGGGCUAGAAUUAAAGCCGUUACAUCUUUACCACCAAGGAGGAAGAAUGCAGAUAAACCAAAUGAGACAAAGGAUAUCCAAAUACCGAUAAAAAGCUCUCCAAAAGUGACUGCUGAAAGCAAUGAAGAAGAUGAAAAAAAAAAUUCUAAAUCACCUCCAGCUUUUUUAUCAUUACCGAGCCCUUCAACUUUACGUUCAAAAAUAAAUUCCCCAUUGGCCAAAACUGCAUCAUGUACACCAAAAUCUGUAACAAAAACUCCGAAACUUGCCGAAAAAGUAUCAGUUAUUACUUCGGCUUCUUCGUUGAAAUCAGUGUUUGCUUCACCUCAACCUAGAACUGACAGCCCGUUAAGACACAUUAUGUCGCCCUUGGUGAGUGUGAGAUCCACCCCUAAAAUUGUUAAUUUAGAACCAACAAGAGCUAUCACUCCUCAAACAAGCCAAACUGGAUCAAAAGAAAAGUUAAAUAACAAUGAAUCUCAGAAAAUCAUUGUGCAAUCUAAUUCUGAUAGUGAAAUUGCUUCAGGCUACAAUAUUCCAUCUGUACCUGAAAGAAAUAUAUCUGAAGAUGCUGUUAUGGAUGGCAUUGUCCCUCUACAGCCAACACGUAAUGCACCCAAGCCCAUUGAUUUACUGAAAAAUGAAAUUAUAUCUGAGAAUGCAGAAGUGCUCUUUGAUCCAAUAGUGCCACUACCAUCACCAAGUAAAGUACGACCUAAAUUACGGCCUGUGCCGAGGCUUGCUCCACUCAGGAGAAACAGUAUACAGGGUAGUGCCAGUGAAUCUGAAGAUGAGAGCAGACGUGCACUACUGAGUAGCGGUGCAACGACCCCAGUGCCGCCCAGACAGCGACAUGAUUCCCACACCUCACAUAGUACACUGCAAUCACUCAGUAAUAGGGACAUGAAUCGGAUGAGGAAUGACUCUGUAUCAUCGAGCAUUAGUCAAAUAGUGACGCAGCCACCGCCAGCCACUUCACCUACUAAAGAAAAACAAUUCAAGACACGACGCCAAGAGAUAAGUCGCCGUAUGGCAGCGAUGCGCAGACGCAGAGAAACAGUUAAACGAGACGCUCUCACUAUGUACGACCUGAUCUUCUACAAUCCCACCACUAAUCCCAUUAUCCCGGACCAGGACGAGAUAAGAGCUAAAGAGGCCAACAAAAAGGACCAGGAGGAGCGUGAAGCGCAAGACACGGACGAAGAUCCGGACGACCCGCCCGCGAACCAAGACGCGCCCGUACCGCAAAUAAAACUGGGACCAAACGGUGAAAUCAUACUUGACGAGACUAGCUUGGUAAUAAAACAAACGGACAGCAAACGUAAGGUGUCAUCAGUAGUUCGUGAGGGCGCUUGGGGCAGUGGCGGUGGCAAGUAUACUAGAUCUAAUCGUGCCGCCGAAUGGAGUUCCGCGGAAACUGUCCGAUUCUACAGAGCCCUGGCUGCUAUCGGUACAGAUUUCACACUCAUGGCGCCGCUAUUCCCAGACAGGAAUAGACGAGAGUUGAAGAUAAAGUUCAAAAAAGAAGAAAGAGUGAACGGCGCCCAAGUGGACAAAGCUUUAAGAUCUGCUACUACUUGGGACGCGGUGCAAUUGCAAAAGGAGUUUGAAGAAGAACGCGCUGAAGCGGCGAAAAAGGAGGAAGAGGAACGACAGAUGUUAAAACAGCAACGGCAGGAGGAAGCGAGACGCCUCAGCCAAGCGAGACAGAACCACGUGCGGAGAAGUCGCGCCUCUAAAGCAGUUGAAACUAAUGUUUUACCAAACGUGCCUACUAGCAGAGAGCACGAAGGUCCUAUUACGGCAAACGAAAUAAUACAGCGGGCACUCGAAGAGAAACUCGCCGCAUCUAAGAAGCGGAAAGAAAAUGCCGGCGCUAGAAAACAAGCGAACGUAAAUAAAACUCCUUACGCAACACUAACGCGACAGAACGAAGUAUCAAAUAGCCCCACUAACCAACUCACAGAUAAAGAUAUGGCGACACUAACUAGAGUAGAAGCUAGAACACCAACCGCCGCUCCUAUAAACUUAAACAAUAUGACUUCGAUUCCUCCUAAUAUAGAGUCAGGAUCUUUGGUCGUAUUAACAGUAAACGAUCCCAAUUCACCGUCGAAGAAAAUGUUACAAACUUACAUAGCUCAUGGGGCAGGAAGAUUGACACCAGUCGCUUUGCCACCUAAUUUCCUCAGCACUGUUGUUGGAUACAUGAAGAAAGGCACGCCUAAGAGCAAUUCCACUGGAUCCCCUCAGUUAAUUUCACCGGUGAGCACUAGUAGCACUCCCGGUGUCAUACAGCUGAAUCCAAGUCCAGCGAAAAGACAACGGCAUAGUUCUUACACAAUAACACAACUUUAGC